AUGAUCUACCUGGGAGUUGUUCUGAGCUAUGGCCAGUUUGAGCUGGCUACGGCGAAACACAGAUGCGCCCAGGCCAACCAAAGCUUCGGACAGCUGCGGAACGUACUGCGUGUCAACGGUGUCCUCAGCAAGGCGCAGCGUCAGAAGGUUUACGUCACAUGUGUUUGGCCCUCGCUUCUGUACGGCAUCAGCGCAGUAGGAGUCAAUCAUGCAGCGUUGCGGACCAUACAGAGCACAGCGGCUAUGCAUCUACGCAAACUCUUGCGAAUUCAUGAGAAGGGCUGGUCAAACGCGGGCAUCCUGCAGCAGGCGGACCUGGUGCCUCUCCAACAUCUGCAGCGUCGACUGGACACGCAGGUGGGAUCACUCUUGAAUGACACCAAUAGGCAGACAGUGGCACCAUUGUGCAGAUACCAUGUCCAGUAUGUGGUAUCUAUUUUGGCUCAGCGGAAGGUUUGCAUCAACAUCUGCAUCGCAUGCACGCGGACGUUGAGCAGGAAGCGUCUGGGGACAUGGCAAUCACUCACCAAACGCAUCACUCAAGGCACGUGUCUUAGAGUAAAACUGGCGGUUGGUAUGGGGCAGAGCAUUGAUCAGCUUCUCGAGGAGAUUCAGGCGGAAGAGGCAAACGAUCCUCCCCAGCCACCGGCCGGGGACACAAAGAACGAAAAGCACUCAUCCGAUGCGGUGGACCUCAGGUCUAUCAUUGAGAACACCCCGGUCACCAGCGUGGUACAGCACAGCAGCGCACUCAUUGCAAAUGCAUCGAAAUGCCUUCUUUGUGAUCAGAGACUAAAACAAGCUUCCAGAAUGAAGGCACAUUGGCAGAGCAGUCAUGCAACCAUUUGGGGCAGAGUACGGCAUCAUGUUCUAUCAGAGGCACAAAGUCUUAGCGCCAUUAUGCAUCGUCCAUGCGAGUUCUGUGGGAGCAAGGCUCGCAGCAGCAAGGAGCACGCCAAGCAGUGUCCCAUGCUCUUUCAGGUGCUUUCGCUACAAUUCAUGUGCAAACAGAGCGACGUGAUGUCAAAGGACGUGGACAGCAAACCGGUGGCACCCAGAAAAACGGAGGCGGCCCCAAAGUACAAGGCCUUCGUCUCACCGAUGGAGGUGGCUUUGAACAAAGGGAGUCGCAGUCAAACUAAGGUCACUUGGACCUCGACAACAACAACAACGGCAACAGCCCCGAACCAGGUGCCUUCAAAUGCACCUCUUCCCAUACGCACCAUUGCCGGCAUGAAGCAGGUUCGAAACAACGUUGGCACCAUCAAGCAGUUCUUUCAGCCAAGGCAGGAACCCUUUUCAGCUCCGAGUACACCACCGGCGGAGCAUGUUCCCUGGUUCUUGCGCCUCAGAUUGAGGAACCCCGAUACGAUGUGCUACGCAAAUGCGGGGAUCCUAGCUCUUUUACAUGUGGCUGGUCGGAGGACGACUUUUCCCGAAGAGCUAGAAUUCCUGCGCAAGGUGGGUCACAAAGCUGCGGAGCGCAACAUUGAACUACAUCUACCGCGGAUGAACGGGAUGCGGAAGAUUGCGCCAGGCUGGGACUUCAACCCAGAACAGAAAGAUGCAGCGGAGUUUUUGCACGUCGCAUUUAACAAUAUGAGCACAGUUCAGGUCAUCUGGGACACGCGGAAAAAUACUGCAGAUGGGAUCCGGCUUUGCACGCAGGGAGCUCUGCCAAUCCCCAUCCCAAUGCCAUACACGAGAGGCGCUGUUCUGCUGCAGGAGCUCAUCAACAGGUGGAGUCGGGGCGAUGACGAAGUCACCGCCUUAACCACUUCGGCAGAAACGCUCUGUGUACAGCUGGGACGUUACCAUAUGCCGGGAAAGAGCUUUGGCAUCGUGGAUUUGCCCUCUUAUGUGCAAUUGCCGAUUUUCCAGGACGACUCCAGUGUACAAUGGCAGAGGUAUGAAAUCACAGGCGCUGUCAUUCACCUUGGCAGGAAAAUGGACGGGGAUAAAGAGAUGGAGCCGCGCAUGGAAGCGCACUUCUUCGACAAGUACUGGCCGAGUGUGCAGGCUGCUCAGUCUGAUCAGGUGCGACAAGUGGAGGCGGAGGAGGAUGCAGACGCCAAUAAGGCAGCUGAAGCCAGGGCAGCCAAGUCCGCGAGGUUCGGCCCAAACAAGGGCACCCCUGGCAAGGGCAGCAGCUACGGACAGUCCAAGGAUCCAGAUUGGAACAGUUGGGGCAAUGAUCUUCAGGACAACUCGGAGAUCAAAACUCUUCGAAAGGAGGUCAAAAAGCUCAAGGAGGAGAUGUUUGCGCUUCAGAAGAUGGCCUUGAGACAUGAGGACUUUGGGAAUUGCAUCAAGUCAGAGCUGUCUUGGGUGAUGUUCCUUCGUCUGGACAUGAAGGCCAGUGUUGUGCCGUCGUUGUACAACAUGCAACAACGAUGGCGCGAACUAAAGGAGAGCCAUCCCGAUCAACUCACGGCCCCGAUGCGCAUCGACCUGGUUAAGUCCAUGUUCAAGGAGUUCAGU